CGUUGAAUGAAAGACUGCAUCACAAUCGCAUUUAAUCGUUAACACAAAUCAUUUCAUACAAAGGGUCAAAUAUAAAACGAAUGUAUUUAAAAAAAAAUUGAACAGCGAGCUGCCGCAAACCGGAGCGUAAAUAAAACGUCAUCAUAUCGCGCAUAUUUCCAACAUGGCGUCUUUCUUUGCAUGUUGUUGGCAAUGCGAAGGGAAAUAAAUUUGGACUAAACGAUACAUUGUGAGUCAGAAUUUGUUUGGAAUUACCAUGAAGUCUGAUGUGGAGGAGUUGAUGCCGAGGCAGCUGCCUGUUGAGUUUGACGACGAUGUUUUGGACCUGGACCUAAAUGUGCCGCCGAGAAACCCACAGGAGUAUCUUCGUCAAGUCCAGUUGGAGGCAUCGUUGUGUCCUGAAGUGGUCGUUGCCCAAAUCGACCCCAAGAAAUUGAAGAAGCAAUCCGUAAAUAUAUCAGUGGCAGGAUUUCAAGCUGCUCCUGCGGGUUUCUCCCCUAGUCUCAGGUGGCAACAGAUGCAAGUCAGCAACUUCUCAGAUGUCAGACAGAGCAUAGCAAAGAACAGGCAGCAGUGGAGCAGUCACAGUCUUGAUGACAACGUUGUGAUUCCAAAACCUGUAGAUGAUGAAGGCUGGAAGAAGUUUUGUUUAGGAGAAAACACUUGCUAUCAAGCAUCAAGCAGCGACACAGAUGCGAACAUGGAGCCGGGUCUUGACUACAUCAAGACUGGCUUUCCACCAUUACUGAGCAUUAUCAGCAGACUCAGCCAGUCUACAGUACUGAUGGUUCUGGAAAUUCUCACCAGCUGGUUUGAAGAACAAGAUUUCACCCCACAACUGGGUCGCUGGUUGUUCGCCUUGCUAGCCAGCCUGGAGAAGCCUCUGCUGCCUGAAGCGCACUCCUGCAUCAGACAGUUGGCCAGGAGAUGCGCACACCUACGUUGCUCCUUAGAAAGCCAAGAGGAUGAGAAGCUACCUGCACUCAACUUGCUCAUCUGUUUAGUUGCCAGGUACUUUGAGCAAAAUGACCUGGCAGACCUACCAUAGUACAAGACCAUCAAAUGAAGCAACAUGUCUUGGAUUUAUGGGUGUUGGGGAUAAAGAGCAUAGCAAAUCCCUCAAUGGAAGAGUUCUUGGAAGUGUUUUUAAUCGAUUAAAGUUUUUGUAAUUAACUUGCUUUCAAGUCAUUCUUAACAUGUAAAGGGUAUAUAUUACAGGCCAAAACGGAUAUGAUCUGCAGUAAAAAAAAAUUUGUGUUAGCACAUGUAAGAACCUGAGACCAUAACAUAUUUCCAAUUGCUUCUGAUCUCCUUUAGCCUCCAAAUAACUCACGAUGGACAGUGACUGAAUCACCUCACUGUGAUUUUUCAGCACUUGUAUUUUGCAGACAUGGUCAUUGAUGACUGAAAAUUGUAGGGGCCACGAAAUC